GUGAUGAGACAAUGAUGCUAGUCAGCAAGGACUAGGGACACUUCCAGUAAUAAGGAUAGGUCAUUUACUCGUUAACACUGCCACAAUAUCAACUAUCAAAACAUAAUCAUCAAUCACCAUUUCAUUAUACUAAUUAAAAUGAACGGUCCAGAUUUUGUGGGCUACGAAUUAUAUUGUAUGUCCCCCAUCAACCAAACCUAUAUGAAAUUGACCCGACAUUGUGUACUAUUUUUUCUUAAUUGAUUACCUAUUUAAUCUCAGUUCAGUAGUAGCAACCUAACCAGUGAGGCUUAACUAAAUAAUUCAAGUCAAAAUCUUGAAUUUUUAUUUUGUAGAGGAAAAAAAACAAAACCCAAAAAAAAAAGGGAAAUAUUGCGCAAUGGAAGCGUUCAAAUACUCUUAUUAGGGCCAGGCUCUGCAGUCUAGGCAGCCCUAAUAACCUAUGAGGAUCCUUACAAUAUUGUAGUGUUGCAUAGGGUGCUGUUGUGAGCUAUAAAGAACUGUUGAUCAAGAUUUAUAUAUAUUUAUAUUUAUAAAUAUAUAUAAUAAAUUAACAAGAUCAAGAACGACAGCUUUCAAGAACAGAAAAACAAGACAGCUUUGAAGUGGUGUUCUUUUUGUUUCCUUCUGAGAAAUUUUCUGUGUGAGUUGUCAAAUAGAGAAGAUAAGAAGUUUUAAGUUUGUUUAUAAUCUGUUUGAAAAGAAGGCAGAAUCACUUGUCUGAGAAGCAACAUCUCUUCAGUCUUUACCAUUGAAGAUUAGUUUAUUGUGGCUUCCUGCCAGGGUUGGAAUUUGGAGUUUUAAGUUGAUUUUUAUUAUAUUUUAUUUGUCGUUUGCACAAAUCUUUCCAUAAUUUAUAUUUAUAUUUAUAUAUAGUCUGCGCUUGUCACUUUUGAAGUCAGUGUGAUCCAAUUCAAGCCAACUCUCUCUUCCAUCUCUUUCUUCUCUCAAUCUUCUAAUACACCAAAAAAAAACAAAGAAGAAAGAUCAUCAUCAUCAUUAUCAUUAAGACUUCUAAAGAAACAUGAGAAGAAGAAUGUGCUAUUUUCUGAUGGCAACUCUGCAGAUGAUCACUUGGUAUUCUGUAGCAUUCAGCUGGCAUUUUGUAUCACAUGAUUCUGCUCCUCAAAAGGUCCAAAUUCCACAUUUUCCUCAAGCUGCUGCACAUGACACACCUCAGUUAACUGAACAAACAUAUAGAGGGUUGAGCAGACUUGGGUCAAGGCCACCGAGUUGUGAGCACAAGUGUGAAAGUUGUAUACCUUGUAAUGCCAUUCAAAUACCAGCAACAACUGAUCGCAAAACAGUGCAAUAUGCUAAUUAUGAGCCCGAAGGAUGGAAGUGCAAGUGUGGCACUACUUUCUAUAACCCAUAGUAGAUAUCAACAUAGACAGUUUUCUAGCAUGACCUCAAUUUCUUUCCAUUAAUUUGUACAUGUUCUCACUUGUGGUUAGUGCUGCCCCUUCCUUUUCCCCUUGAAAAUUUGAGGAUAGAGGAAGGAAUUUUGGGAGCUUAAGGUUUUGAUUGUAGUCUAUUUAGAGUUACAUAUGUUUCUUAAAUUUAUACGAUUGUCCUCGUACGAGUUAGUGUUAUUUAGCUAUGUAUAGACGUGACUUGUAUUUAUAUAACAAACUUUUGACCGCUAGGGUUUCCAAAUCCUAGGUUUUCAAAUU